AUGAGAGGGUGCUGGAGUUGGAGAGUCUCGUGAGUUUCUGCAGCUCAUUCUCGAGCUCUUGUUCACAUUAAACCGAAGCACAUGAUGAUGGAGCUCGUGAUCCAGCAGUCGCACUUCAGGCCAGCACAAUGAAUGAAUGAGCUUCUGCGCUCUGCUUCUGCUCCAUCUUCAUCUUCAGCAUUGUUUUCAUCUUCAUUUUCUUCAUCUUCUUCAUCUUCUUCUUCAUCUUCAUCAUCAUGGCCUCUCCGCGCCUCGAGACCUUCUGCUGCCCGAACCGCGACGGCGCCACGGAGCUGGUGGUGGGCUUCCAGCCGCUGUUCUUCGGGGUGAUGUGUGUGUGCAGCGCCGCUCUGAGCUCCGGCCUGGCGCUGCUGCAGAUUCUGCCCAAGCGGAGGAGCUUCAGACCGCAGGCGCACAGCAGCAGAGCCGCGUCCUCCAGCCGCAUCCUCACCAUCAUCAGCGUCUGCGACAUACUGGGCUGCACAGGGAUCAUCAUCCGCUCCUCGCUGUGGAUCGGUUUGCCAAACCUCGUCUCGGAGAUCUCAGAUGGAAACAGCAGCUCGGUGUGGCCGCAGAUUUUCUGUGUUGGCAGUGCGAUGUGGAUACAGCUGUUCUUUAGCGCCUCCUUCUGGUGGACUUUCUGCUACGCCGUCGACGUCUUCCUGGUGGUCAAGAGAUCUGCAGGCAUCAGUUGUGAGAACGGUCUUCAACAUGCCAUUCCUCAUUACGUCACCACAUACGCUCCAAUGCUGCUGGUGCUGGCCGUCAAUCCAGUGCUGUUCACCAGGACCGUAUCCGCCGUGACGUCUCUGCUCAAGGGUCAGCAGGGCAUUUACACGGAGAACGAGAGGAGACUCGGCUCUGAGAUCAAAAUACGCUUCUUUAAGAUCAUGCUGGUGUUCUUCAUUUGCUGGCUGCCCAACAUCAUCAACGAGAGUCUGCUGUUUUAUCUGGAGAUGCAGGACGAUGUUAAAUCCAGCGAUCUGAAGAACAUUCGCAACGCCGCGCUAAUCACAUGGUUCAUCAUGGGAAUCCUGAACCCCAUGCAGGGCUUUCUGAACACGCUGGCGUUUCACGGCUGGACGGGUCUGGAUCUGGACUUCAGUCGGCAGAGACGUCGCGAGCUGCCCUGGGACUCGGCCUCCACAUCUCUUGCUGGAGGAUUCACUCCUGCGGUCGGAUCAUCUUUAAUUUACCAGAGCCACGUGCAGGAGAUCAAGAAAAACCUGAGCGCCAACGGAGGCCAGCAGCCGUCGGACGCCAUCAGUGUGCUUUCUGAAGAUUCAGAGUCGAGUACGGUAGAAAUCCACAUUUCCAGCGAACAGAGAGAGUUUGAGGAGCUGAAGCGAAACGGAGCAUCGUGGGAGAUUUCUACAGGCUAAAGAGUCAGAAGAGUCAUUUGCUGAUCAGCGAUUCCCUGAACAAAUGCUUCUGUCUGAGGCCCGUUUCUGUUCAAGAUUUCUCUAAGAACUUCUCCAGACUUUAAGUUUUAAUGCUUUAACCUGCACUUUGAGCAAUAUCUCUGGUUAAACUGUGUUCCUGACAUCACUCUAGGCUACCUUUUGAGUGUUUUGUUUUAAUCCUCUGUAAUUCAGUGUACACUAUUACGUGCUUCGGGUCGCCUUCACUAAAGCUCUACAAUAAAGCAGAUCCAUUGAACUUCAA